AUGUCCACUCCGGAAGAGGCAGAGAGAAUUGUGAAGGAGGUGACGGAAUAUUAUGGAUAUCUGGACCAUGACAUGAUGGACGAUAUUGGCCGUUUCAACUCCGACUAUCGCCGAAGGAUUGAUGAAAACUGGCUCAAAAUGGAGAACGCCGCGUCUCAUUCCAUUAAAGUUUUAGCGAGAAACAUAUACGGCAGCGGUGCUCGUUUCGUGUUCGAGCUUCUCCAAAAUGCCGAAGACAACAGCUUUCGGAAGGCCGAUGACAAGAAUGACCCCCCGUUUAUCUCCUUUCAGAUCCACCCGAAACAUAUUGUGGUUGAAUGCAACGAGGAUGGAUUUACUAGUCUGGAUCUGAAGGCGAUAUGCUCCGUUGGAGAAAGCACCAAGACUGCGAAACACGGAUAUGUAGGUGCCAAAGGUAUCGGCUUUAAAUCUGUCUUUAUCGCUGCAUCCCGCGUCCACAUUCAGUCGGGAAACUACUCAUUUGAGUUUCGACAUAACAGGAAUGACCCGGGUCUUGGAAUGGUGAGACCCAUCUGGUUGAAGCCGACGGAGACGAUUCCUAGUCCCCUCACUCGCACGACACUUUAUUUACAUGAACAAGGUGACGAGGAUGAGAUAGAACACCUCAAAACGGUCAUUGCCAUGCAGUUUGACGACCUCCAGGAGACCUGUCUUCUCUUCCUACGAAAGCUGAGCAAAAUUAGCGUCACUUUCUAUGACGGACAAGGAAAUCUCCAGCGGUCAAAGCAGUUUACGAAGAAGAAGAUCGACGACUUCCGUGUCUCUUUAGAAACUACGGUAGCUUCAGCGGACAUAUCCUCUAUGACAAGCCAAAUGUAUCACAUUACGAAGCAGUUAGCCACGGGCCUAGCGCAGAGCGAGAGUCGCGAUGCUGCCACCACUGAAGAGGCACGGAAAAGCCUGACCUCUGCUGAAGUUGUCUUGGCAUUUCCACUAAAAAGUGAUUACCAGCCUCAUAUUUCUACGAGAAGACAGGAACUCUUUGCCUUCCUGCCUCUCAGGACUUCAGACUACAAGUUCCAUAUCCAGUCAGACUUUGAUACAAAUGCCAACCGGCAGGAUAUUGUGACUACAACAAGAAGAAACUUGAACAUUCGUGAUUGGAUUGCCAAGACCUUUCUACAGGCAAUUUUGGAAUUUAAUCAACAUCCAGUUCUUUGUUACAACUGGCCACUGUUUCUACCAUCUCAGGACAGUGGACACGACUCGUUCUGGUCCGGGCUAGAUGCCAAGAUUCUAUCUCUGGUUCAAGAUAAUCCUAUCCUAAGAUCGAGAAACAGAAGUGACUUGCGUCUCGUUCGCGAAGUCGUGAUAGCCUCGAAUGGCAUGGUCGACGAUGAAGGUGUACUCUUACUAGACGAUCCCGUCAAGGAUCCCUUCAUCUCGGCCAAGUACCCGUACAAGGUGACGAACCAUCUGAAACCCUAUGGACUACGGGUAGCAUCCACGGGUCUGUUUGUUCUUCUACUGGAAAGAGAUCUUGGGCAGCAUGACUCCAAAAUGCGGGCCAAUACAACUGCUGAUGACUGGCAUUCCUCAGUGGCCCGGCUGUGUUCCAAGAUAUGUAACAACGGCUGGAAUGGAACCACGUUGCUGAAGUCGCUUGAAGUUCUACCGCUGAGAAACAGUGAUUGGACAGCAUCUACCUCAGGACCGGUCUUUUUUCCGAUGACGGGGGAUAUCGAAAUACCCGAGCACUUAGGUCUCAAAGUGCUCAGUAAAUCUGCGACUACCAAUACUGACCGGAAGAUUUUGUUUCGGCAUCUUGGAGCAACAGAUGCCACAUAUGAAAGUGUUCGAUCGGCGAUAUUCUCUUCCUUCAUUCGACUGUCCGAGAUGUCGUUUACCUUCACUCGUGAUUGUCUCCGCUACUUAUUUCUAACACAUUCAAGCCCUCAGCACACACGAAAAGGCUACGAGAACAUAUGGCUUUUCACCCAAGAAGGAAAGUUAUAUCGAAUGGGCGGUUGGCCCACGAUUUAUCUGCCUACAGAUGAGCAUCCUUUCAGUCCUGCCAGCCUCUUACAAAAUACGAAUGUGCCGACAGACUUUGACGUCCACUUUUUAAGGCUCGGAUACUUCACUAUCGCACACGGAGAUCAGAAGCACUCCUUGUCUUCUUACAGACGAUGGCUUUGCGAUUUUAUCGGUAUACAUGAGAGACUUACGAUCUUAUCAGCCAACCAAAAUGAAUUGUCACCGCCUUUUCAGUACGUCCUUGCCCAUCACCCUGCCAAAUUCCUCGGCCUCCUUGAACAUCUUUGGCGACUAGAAGGAGAAGAAGUAUUGAAAUACCCAAUCAUUAUGUCUCAACUUAAACAAAUCCCCGCGAAGGAGCUUUGCAAAGUUAAAUUCUCCCCCAAGCUUGAAAACACGUGGCUUCCUCUACUGGAGCUUAAAGAUUCUGUUCGCCGGUACAUGGAGCUUCCAGAGCAGUUUCCUUUCCUCAACAUUGAGGAUGAUGCCGACGCUGAACAAGUCAGCUCCAAGUGGAAUUUCUUGACCAAACACUUUGGUGUUGGAAAGUCUGACGACUUGGACUUUCUUCUCGAGAUACUCCACUGCAUCCGGAGGUCUUGCACAGUCCCUGUGUCUAUUCGGCAAUCACAAAGGGUUUUUGAGUUAUACAUAGCCAUCUACGCUAAGCUUGUUACCUCUUUGGUGCCGAGUAUUACGCGAACAAGAAUCAAAGAGGCCUUCGAAUCGUCUGAUGGCGAUUCCAUCCUCGUCCCAUAUGAUGAAGACAAGUCAUCGUGGUCAGAGCCUGAAUUCUGUGUCUGGGAUGCACCAUCUGAUCUCGUCACUGUGUCUUCUCUAAAGUCUUUAUAUAAUAGAAGAGGUCUGAGUGAUGAAGACAUGCACAUCAUUGAGAACUUGUUUCUCGGAACCCUAGACGUACGUAAUAUUUCGGUCGAGGGGAUUGUGUCAGAGCUCGACUGUCGUCGGGGGCUUGGUGCGGAUUGCGAGGACGAGGACCAGAUCACGAGCUUGUACACUUAUUUGCAUGAGAAGAUGGAUGUCACACCAGCCGCAAGAGCUGCAUUUGAACAAUCUCCACUCAUCUUUCUGAGGCAGGAAGGUGAACCAAAAUGGUACAAGACAUCUGAAUGUUUGUGGUCUAGCACAGCACCAAUCCGUGGUAAGGUGACGCUUGACGAGACUUAUGAAGACCUGAAGGAACUUUUUGUCGCAAAGCUUGGUGUUAAAUCGCUUACAAUGCAGAUGGUCUACGAUGAGCUGCGACAGUCACCUGAGAGCAGCGUCGAAGAUAUAAAGGUUGCUCUCUUCUCUUUCAAUGACUUCCUUCAAAUCGAAGAUGGAAAUUGGGACCCCGAACCUAUCAGAGCGGCCAAGAUAUUUCCUGUCGCCUAUCCUGAUGGGACUAUCGCGUUACGGUCCAUGGAUGUGGGAUUUGCAAUAGCAGAUCGGGGUAACCUACGAUCUAAGUUCGCUGACCAGAUUGCUCUCUUGGACUUUGAGUUGGAGGAUAUCCAUCGACUGAGACCAUUAUUUAGCUGGCUAAAGAUCCAACAGCGAUACCUCUCUAGAGUUGCAGCCACAUUCAGGAGUCCGCGCUUUCAACAUGGCGACCCGCAUCUUUACAACCAGCUGCGUGCUAUGAAGGUCUUGGAGGUUGAAGGAAUCUCUUCUGUUCUGAGAUUGAGUCAGAAUGGUAGACAAUAUGAAGCGAGACUCUCGACAGCCAGUGAGCAUAUCGACGAGCCAGCUGGGAGUCUUACCAUUUACGUCCCACGAAAUCGGAGAGAACAGGAAAUAUGCUUUGGAUCAGUCCUUCCCAGGAAGUUUGCAGCAUGGCUCAUGCGUAACCCCCAUACUAAUAUCGAUGGCAAUGUGGAGGUUGAUAUCAUCAACGCCCUCACUUCAAUAUUUGCUAGCGACCGAGCCGUUCUUGAUGAGAUCCUUGACGAUCAGGGAAUGAUACAGUUGCAGUUUGAAGAUCCAGACAAGCAUUUGAAUAAAGACGAGACGGGUGAUGAACAGGCCGAAGAUAAUUAUGCAUCUGAUUCGACCCCAGAGCCUGGUUAUGAGGUUUCUGACCUGCUUCCCACUCCAACUCAUUCGUCAAUUAACUCGAUCAUACCAUCGCCGGUACGAGAUUCGGAAAUCGAGGAUGGUACUUUGGAAAUAGAGGAAGAAGUAGUUGAGAUUCAGAACAGCACAUCCCAACAAGUUCGCCGAGGCGAUGGAAGUGCUUCGCGGCCCCUACGAUAUCACUCACCAGAUGGCAGACCUUUCAGCUCCGAACGGUUGGAAAGCCAAGGCCCAAUUCCUUCAUAUCCAGCUUCCCAAGCGACUGAGGACCAGAGAUAUCUAACAAUUCUCGAAAGAGUCAUCGCGGCAGCCCGACUUGCGAACUUUCCAUCUGGUGGAGCAUUCGACUUGAAUGGCCUGCGAGAUGCCUUGCUCGAUUCUGGAGAGCAUAGCACGUACUUGAGUUAUAAUGGGUUGGAUGUCUUGAGUAGGUUUCAAUCGACAAGCCAACUAGAGCGCGAUAAGAAGAUUGGAGCCGCUGGCGAACUCUACGUAUUUGAGCUGUUAUCGAAGCUUGAACUACCCGGAUGGGGUCGUAACAACUGGCAAAGUACUAUAAGAACAUAUGCCAACAUUCAUCCGGAGUACGCUGAUCUGUCUCACUGGCCUAGUCGUGAGACAGCAGACCUUGUAUACACAGAUACCCAAGGAGACCUGACAUGUAUCUUGGUCGAUGCCGAAAUUCUUAGUGACGAUUGGUCUACGAGACGUCCCAGAUACUACAUCGAGGUGAAGACAACUACUGGGCCAUGCGGAACACCAUUCUAUAUGAGUGGAAACCAAUACCGACUGGUGAUCCUCCCCAGCUUCUUUUCCCAAAACCUCAUUCACAGAUUCUUCUUCAAAAUCGCUGAACCGUCGCACUUGCGCCUUCUAGUAAUAACACGUAAUCCACAAUCUAAAAUCAUGGCCAGCGCGCAGGAGGCUGAAGAAAUCAUUCGAAGCUUGAAUGGCGACAUUAAGCUAGGAAAACAUGUCGAAUAUAGCGCAAAGAGAUUACUACCUGAAAUCAUCCGCUAUGCUAACAGCAGAUCCUUCACCAAAGUCUCGGCGGCCUCAGAAACUCCUGCAAUCACAUUUAGAAUACACGAUUGCGAUAGAAUCGUUAUCGAGUACAAUGACGAUGGCCUGACCAAGGCUGAUCUGGAAGCGAUUUGUCAACCAGUCUCCGAAGAGCAAACAAGCGAAUACAAUUUCAGAACAAUUGUUAUCGCCAAUAGGAAGGUUCACAUUCAAUCAGGGAAUUUCUCAUUCGACUUUCAGCACAACAUACUCGAUCCCGAAGACAGUAUAAUGCGUCCUGUUUGGGUCUCCCCCACUGAGAUAAUCCCCGACAACAUGACUCGCAUCACACUUUACCUUCAUGACCAGGGCAGCAAAGAAGAGGUCGAAAAUCUGAGAGACACUAUCCAUAUCAAAUGGAUGAGCAUUGAGUUCCUCAACAGUGCUGGUCUUGUCAUUCGUUCCAAGGUUUUCGAGAAGGGGAACAUUGGUAAGCAUGGAGUUUGUAUAGAUGUUACGAAUGCAGACCAAGACACUGAGAGCCAGCUCUAUCAUGUGACCGACUACUCUGUGGACAGCUCGGCCAUGGAUGUCACGCUCGCCUUUCCUCUCACAGACGAUUUCACUCCUCGAGUUGACAGUGUUGAGGCAAUGCAAUUGUUUAAUUUAGUGUCUCUGUGCGCAUCGCCACUUGCAUUCCACGUUCACUCGCACUUUGAAUUCGAAGAUGAGACGAAUGGCAUAAUCAUCACAUCAGCCCACAACAUUAGCAUCCGAGAUCUGGUCGCAAACGCAUUUUCCAAGGCCGUUUUACAAUUCCUUGAUAUCAAGUGUCUUGCUUAUUCUUGGCCGUUGUUCCUUACCCCCAUCUCUGAAGAUGCAGAUCCAUUCUGGUCUGCUCUCGACUCUGAUAUUCGAAGCUGGAUAUCUCAAAACCCAGUCCUCAGAUGUAAAGGUUCAAGGCCGUGGCGGCUCAUCAGUCAUAUCACCAGAGUUCCUCCAGAGGCUCAAGAUGAAAAUGGAAAGCCACUGUUAGACGACCCAUCCGGCGAUUCUUAUCUUCUGCACAAAUAUCCUGCGGCUGCAGCGGCUAAACUGACCGAAUAUGGCCUCGCCACUCUAACCGACACUCGACUGCUCGAGCUUUUGGAGAUGGAUCUAGAGAGCCCGAAGCCGAGGAUGCACACCAGCACCUCGAGGGAUUGGCAAAUUGCGAUGUCGCGCCUCCUAUCAAAGUUGCUCACGAAUGAUGAGCGAGUUGAUAAGCUCAAAUCACUUCCUAUCGUGCAGCUGCGGGACGGUAGCUGGGCAUCCCCGGCUUCAGGGCCAUUAUACUUUCCUACCUCAGGCAACAGUUCCAUUCCUGAAUCGCUGAAGUUUCGGGACGUAACUCUACUCGCAACAUUUCAACCCGAACGAAGAACCUCAUAUGAAAAACUCGGGGUUACUGAGCCCACAGUCAAGGAAGUCAGACAGAAGAUCCUGGACACUUUCAAGUCAGCAGAAAGCUUACCGUUUGGGGACGUCUAUGAGUAUCUUCGCUACCUAUACCUGACUCAUCAGUCUUUCAAUCUUUCGAGUCCCCAUGAACAGCCCUAUAGUGACGUUAGGGUUCUGACGACGGGCUUGAAAUAUCAGAAUCCGCACACCACCACUGUAUACUAUCCGGGUAUUGAUGAUCCGUAUAGUCCUGAGAGUCUGCUUGGCCCUGCUCCCAUGGCCAACUUUUUGCACCCCAAGAUAUGGAACGAUGGAGCGGAUAAGCCUGGUCCCUCCCACCCAACGUGGAAAGUAUGGCUGUGCGAUUCCAUCGGCAUACGGGAGCGGCCGAGUCUACUACAAGCUCAAGCGCAGUCCGAGUCGGAGCCUAUCAAUCACGGAUCCUCGACCAGCACUGACGACAAACUAUUGGGUUUCAUUGAGCGCUUUUGGAUCCACGAGGGCCACGAGCUGUUAAAGCAUCCAACUCUCGUUUCCGAAAUUCGACAACUUCCUGCACAGAAGUUAUGUGGAGUGGAUUUCGAGGUCAGUUUACAAGAUACAUGGGCUCCGUCCGGGGACCUUCAAACUUCCGUCAAAGUGUUCAUGAUGGAUCCUGAAGUAUUCCCUUUCCUUAAACUGGAUGACGAGAAAGACGUUGAUCUAGUCAUCGCUACCAGAUGGAGCUUCCUUACUAAACACUUUGGUGUUAAGUGGAAACACGACCUUGACUUCCUUGUACAAAUGAUGAGCGAACAGAAAGCGAGAGCCUUAGAGCUUUUCAACGAUGGUGGCGUGCUGUAUGCUGAAGCCAACAAAGCGCGUUGGUUAAGCUCUUCACGUUGUCUUUGGUUUGGACCAACUGAUCUUGUGUCUAAACGCUCCAUCAAGCGCUUCUACAUCGAAAAGACCUGCGACAAGAAACAGCUCCAGAGCAUCGCCCGGCUUUUCGUUGAUGAGCUUAAGAUACGAGACGCUAACGACGAGGAUAUGGCAGAAGAGCUGUGUAAGCUGCGGUUGCGAGAAUCCAAAAAUAUCCCCGGCGUUCACCGUAUCUACACCUAUCUUGAUGGGAAGACUGUAUCUCCUGAAACGAGACGUAAAUUUCAUGAACUUCCGCUCAUCCUGGUCAAACAGGGCGGCCACACAGAAUGGCUUCGCGCUUCACAAUGCUUUUGGUCCGAAACAGAUACAGAUGAUUUGAACGGCAACCUACAAAGUUGCUACCCUGAUCUAAAGGAUUUCUUCCUUGAGAAACUGGGUAGGGCAUCAAAAGGGAUCAUUAGGUCAUUUGCUGUAGAUGUCGGCGAAUCAAUUUCCAAAUUUCCUGCUGAGCCAAUCCGACAGGCAAAGAUCUUUCCUGUGAGAAGUCCCGGUGGAGGCGUAUCGCUAGUAUCCCUGGAUACAGACUUUGCUAUUGCCGAUAGACAAGGCCUCCGAAGAGACCUGCAAGAUCAUAUCAAAUUAUUGGACUUCGAUCUAGAAGAUGUCCGAUGGCUUUGGCGAUUCUUCCAAUGGCUCAAGAUUGAAGACAGAUAUCUUUCAAGAUGCGUAAAGAGAUCGGUCACCGUGUCUGAAGACGGCACGCCGUCAGAGGAGGGAGAUCCAUGGGAUCUGAGACACAAAGCAUAUCAUAUCACUCGAAUUGCCGCCACUUUUGAGGUCUUUGCAACGUACAACGACCCUGCCUCGCUAUAUGAACGGCUAAAAGCCCUACGUGUUAUCGAGGUUUCCAACAUUUCUUGUGCACUGGAAAUUACCCAAGAUCAGAAAGCAAUUCGGUCAGCGCCACAAUCUGUCACUGCGCACAUAUCUGAUGACGACCUCAAUUUCACCAUCUAUGUAGCGAAAGACAAGAAGAAGAAGAUCUUUUCGGAUCUUCCAAGAGUCCUGGAGGAAUGGCUCAGGAAGGAUAGGGAUCGAUGCCAUACAUUCGAAGUGAUUAGCUCACUAACUUCUAUCGUUGCUAGUGACAUUUUUGUCCUGGAUGAAAUACUCGAGGAUCAAGGUAUUAUAGAACUGCCUUGUGAGAAUGGUGACACAAUCGGGACCAAGAUGGCUUCUGAAGGCGCGUCUGAAUGCCUGUCUGUGCAGGAGGUAGUUGGGAAGCCAUCCGAAGAAGAUCAAGGAGAGUCGCUGGUUCUUCGAGGGCGUGAGUCUGCUUCCGAAGUUGCAGAUCAGGAUGAAGUCAUGUAG